GCAUGCCAGCAACAUCCUUCUCCCUUCAAGUCUGCUGAGCAAGAAAUCGCAUCAGUGGAAACAAAGGCAAUUCUCUGAAAUCAAACUACAACGGCAGCCGCUAUAACAUCUUCAACCUGUUUUGGAUUUUCACGGCUCAUCGCCCAACAAAUACACGGACUUCAGAGGAUAAAAGGUAUUCUGGUCUUUUCUAAGACAAUGGAGGUGUCAGAGGAUGACAUGCAGAGAUGUGUGAUGAAUUCUUGGAAUUUGCAUUCCCCUUUAUAUCUGCACUGUCCUUAGCAAAGAACAGCCCAGUGUAACCAUGGCAACAGCAGCAUCCUCUGAGUGAGCAUCAUUCUCUCUUUCGUCUGUAAACAUGAUGAUUGUGGUAAUGUUUUACAGAAGAGAGUUUCACUUAAUGGUAGCUCACAGGACCAUGGCAAAGAUUUAUCUAUGACUUUCCAGCCUUGGAUGGAUAAUACCUGGUAGCAGCCGCCAUGUUUACAUGUAAUGGCAGCUCAUUGGAGGGGUGUGGUCUUCUUGAACCAAUAGAAACUGAGAUGCAAGAGUCUGAUACUGCCCUAAUGCCCACCACUCUCAGGGUGGCACUGGCUGCCAUCAUGAUCUUCAUGAUCACCAUUGGUUUUCUUGGCAAUGCCAUUGUGUGUCUGAUAGUGUAUCAGAAGCCAGCCAUGCGUUCAGCAAUUAAUCUGCUCUUGGCCACACUGGCUUUUUCAGACAUCAUGCUGUCACUGCUAUGCAUGCCAUUCACUGCAGUCACUCUCGCAACUACGGACUGGAGUUUCGGAGUGGAAUUCUGCCGCAUAUCUGUCAUGCUCUACUGGCUGUUUGUUCUAGAAGGUGUGUCUAUACUUCUGAUCAUCAGCGUUGAUCGGUUCCUCAUUAUAGUUCAACGGCAGGACAAGCUGACGCCCCAUCGGGCGAAAAUUCUUAUUGCCGCGUCAUGGGCUCUGUCACUUUGUGUGUCCCUACCAUCUGUGCUCGGCUGGAGGACAGCAGCGAUCGGGGCACAAGUACCGCAAUGCAUUCUGGGAUACAGUGAAUCGCUGGCGGACCGGGGUUACACAGUUCUGCUUGCUGUUGCUGUGUUUUUUGUGCCAUUUGGAGUGAUGUCAUAUUCCUAUCUGUGUAUUCUCAACACAGUUCGACGCAAUGCACUGCGCAUCCAUAAUCACACCAGCGAAGGCAGCGUCGCUAUUAACCAUGUCAGCAAGUUGGGUUUAACAGGUCUGCAGCGACCCCAAGUCAAUGUGGACAUGAGUUUUAAAACCAGGGCCUUCACCACUAUCCUCAUCCUGUUCAUUGGCUUCUCUGUGUGUUGGCUGCCACAUACGGUGGUGAGUCUGCUGGCGGUGUUCAGUAGACGCUUCUACCUCAGCCCGGCCUUUUACCCCAUCAGCAUCGGGGCACUGUGGUUGAGUUACCUCAAGGCAGUCUUUAACCCAGUGAUAUACUGCUGGAGAAUCCGCAAGUUUCGUGAAGCCUGCCUGGAGUUCAUGCCCAAGACCUGUCAUCUCUGUCCCAAGAUUCCUGGGCGAAGUCGCAGGCGUAUAAGACCCAGCAACAUCUAUGUGUGCAGCAGUGAGACCCAGUCUUCUGUCUAGGGUUUGCACCAAAGUAAAAUGAAGAUAAUGUUAAGAUAUGAAACAUUUAAAGUCAUGUUUAUAAAGGAUACUUAUGAACUAAAAAACUUUACAAAUAACUCCUCCCACCAUAAUCUGCAGUGAUGAAGGAAACAGCAUCUGCUGUCUGAAAUUCAUCAGAGCAAUAUACAUAAAUGUUCCUGAACACAGUAAUUUCUUUAUUUUUCUGUUGGAAAGGCUUCUGCAGACUCUGCAGUUUUGUAAAACAUGAAAAAUUGGCAAAUAAAUUAAAUAAACUGGUGAUCUACUGGACAUUUUUGAUAGAAUUUGUCAUGGUUAAGUGAGUUUUUCAUUCUUUUAAUUUUUUUAUGCAUUUGACUGAUAUUUUUAACCAAAGCAACUUACAGUGCAUUCAAGCUGUACAUUUGAUCUGUUUGUGCAACCCACUGGGUAACAAAACCUUGAGCUUUUUCGUAUCAAUUUGAAAUAUAUGGUAUACCUUCAAGCUGUGCUUGUCAGUAAUGUUAACCAUCUUGAGUUUGCCUUGAACACCAGUC